AUGCGUGCAUCCCAAAUUCGUGAACAACUCGCGUACACAUGUAGCAAUGAGCUUCCCACGUGCUCGAAUUUCACGUGUCCGGAUUUUAGGACUAGGGCGUGGAUCUGGGUCCCGCCCGACAGGGAGCCCACGCGCCCGCAGACGCUUAGAGAAAGAGAAAAAGUAGUCUCGUUGGGGCUGACGUUAGAACGAAGCAUGGUGGAGAAGAGGCUCAGGGCUUGUUGGAGCAUGUCGGAUUUGGAGUAUCCGGUGAUGAUGGUGUUCCAGGAGGCGGCGGUGCGGAGGGGCAUGGAGUCGAACAGGUGGCGAGCGCGGUCGACGUCGCCGGCUUGCCAGCAGGAUGUUAUGGCUUUGUUGGCGGAGACGACGUCGUAA